AUCCACAAAUCCCCAGAGGCAGUGGAGCUCACGAACAACCCCGCCGCUGUGGAGAUGAACAAACUGACCACGAUUGGGGAAUGCAGUGCAGAAGAUGCCAACCCUGCAGCCAAGAUCACGUGGUUCAGGAACGACGCCCCUCUGAAGGAUGACGGCAAAGGUGUGGUGAUCACGGCAUCAGAGACAGUGGACCCAGACACGGGCCUGAGCAGCACCCUCUCCAGGCUGCAGUACAUCGCAGGGAAGGAGGACGCCGCGGCCCGGUUCUCCUGCGCCGUCACUGACACUCCCCUCAGGUCCACACCUGUCCAGUUCACCAUCAACUACCCCACAGAGAAGGUGAGCCUGGAGGUCACGACCCCCGGGCCCUUCCUGGAGGGUGCUGACAUCACACUGCGUUGCCACGCCGACGGAAACCCCCCUCCCUCCAGCUACGUUUUCCACCUGCAGGGGGAGGAAGUGACGGUGGAGGACGAGGACGUGUACACGCUCAGCAACGUCACGCGGGAGAAGACCGGAGAGUACAAGUGCUCACCGCUCGACAACGCCAGCCUGCUGGCUUCCCACAACAUCACCAUUCACUAUCUGGACGUGAGCCUGAGCCCCUCUGGACGGGUGGUGAAGUCGGCGGGGGAGACUCUGCCCGUCACACUGCAGAAGGACGCCUCCAGCAAGGUCACCGUGUCCUGGACCAAGAACCAGGCCAGUCUGUCAGAGGAGCCCCAGUUUGAGCGGCUGAAGUACUCCGACUCAGGGCUGUACGAGUGCCAGGUGUCCCUGGGGGAACUGACAUCCACACACUCCUUUGAGCUGCUGGUGAAAGGGUCUCCUGUGAUCACCAGCCUGAGGGAGCAGAUGAGUGCUGAUGGGAAACACAAGGUGCUGAGCUGUGAGGCUGAGGGUUACCCCAAACCCAGCGUGGAGUGGAGCGGCAUCAACGGCACCAGCGAGGAAGAAAGCGACUACGUUGACGGCAAGGUCACUCACCGGCUGACUGUCAUGCCCAAAGCCAACCUGACCGUCACCUGUUUGGUCAUGAAUGACCUGGGAAGUGACAGCAAGAACACAAAGGUCUCAUCCUGUAAUAUGGUUCACAUUGAUGACAGAGAGGUGACAAUGGACAAACAAGACCAAUCAGAGGAGUCUGGGGACCAGACCAAGCUGGCCGUGGGGAUCGUCAUCGCCCUGCUCCUGGCUACGGUAGCUGUGGCCCUGGGCUACUGGGUGUACAUCAAGAAGUCAAAACAAGGCAGCUGGAAGACGGGGGAGGAAGAUGGCAACACGGAGGAGAGCAAGAAGUGGAGGCCCCUCAGAAGAACCCCUCAAAGACACCUCAAGAUCCCCUCAGAACCCCUCAAAGAUCCCCUGCACGCUGGACCCCCAUAG